AGAGUCUAAAUCUGAGAGAGGAAGAAAGCUGGUCAGGCUGGACUGCUGUUAUUUUUCCUGCCACACAUAUAAAUAUCCUCCACUAAGAGUGACAGAUCUUUUUUGAAUGUUUAUUGUUCUUUUCACUCAGGUUCAUUCUGGAUUUUUUUAAAACCGUCUUUUUACACAGCUGAAAUUUUCUCUCCUGAACUUUCCUGAGGACUUACUUUUCCCCAUUUCUGGACAUAUCUGCUGUUAUUUGUGGCUGUGGAGUCCUCUGUGUGGGGCCACUGGUGACUUCUGAAAUGUGGUUUGGGAAGGAGCUGCUUAUUCUUGGAUUAGCGUGUUUGCUGGGAAAAUGCCAAGGCAACUGUGGCAUUGGCUUGUCUAAAGAAGGAAAAAAAUGUGUUGACACAAAUGAGUGUGAAGAGAACCCCAGUCUGUGUGGGAAUCACUCGCGGUGCUUCAACACAUAUGGCAGCUACUAUUGUCAGUGCAUCACCGGGUUCAUAAAUGAAAGAGGGGGCUUCAACUUCACUGCGUCGGACGGACAGUGCCAAGACAUCAACGAGUGUCGAGUAAAUCGGAAUAUCUGUGGCAGCUGGGCUCACUGUACGAACCGGAUCGGGGGCUACGACUGCACCUGCAACCUUGGAUACGUCAGCAUUUCAAAUGGACAGUGCAAAGAGGUGGACUGUGACCGUUUCAGUGCCGACAGCAGCUCUGCUAAGACUUUUGCCGGCCUGGCAGACAUUUUGUCCAUGAUGAGAAACAGCUGUUUGGCUCUGUCUAAUCCGAGCCUUCCCGCUGAAGGGAAGGUUGAUGGAGAGGCGCAAUUGGAGAAACUUUUCACAGCGACUGAAAAGAUCCUUGAACCUGGAAGCUUUGGAACAGUGAACAUCGGAGAAGACGUGAGUGGGCUGCUCAGUACGGUGGAGAACUCCGUUCGAUUCAUCGGUCCUCUGCUCAAAGACAACCGGACCAAGUUAGCAACCACAGAGACAGAUGCAGAGAUUGCCGUUCAGAAGGGAGAAUCACCACCCACUGGACCUCUCGUUCUGGCCGGUGAGCACGCUCGUCUGGACACCGACUGGUCAACAGCAGCCGGGACGGGAGCCUAUCCCGGUUUUGCUCUGGCUGCCCUGGUGAGCUACAAGAACCUUCACUCCUCACUGAACGGCUUCUUCAAGAGCCUUAAAGAUUAUGAAAAAGAUGGCGUGGACCCCUUCUUUCAAGUCUCCUCCAGAGUUGUGUCCAUUGUCGUCUCCAACCCCUCCACCGAGUCUCUGAGCCGACCUGUCAACAUCACCCUCAGACAUCUGGAGUCUCAGGAAAUCAACGAGUCGGUUGAGGUGAGCUACAUCUGUGCGUACUGGAACGAGGGAGGAUUCUGGGCCACAGAUGGCUGCCAUGAGGACAUUUCCAAUGCCACGCACACUUCCUGUCUGUGCAAACACCUGAGCAGCUUCGCUGUGCUCAUGGCCCUUUAUCCCAUGGAGCCAAACUUUGGGCUCCAGCUGGUGACGAAGAUCGGCCUGACCCUGUCCCUGCUGUGCCUCAUCGUUUGCAUCCUGACCUUCAAGUUCUGCCGCUCCAUUCAGGGGACCCGCACCACCAUCCACCUGCACCUCUGCAUCUGCCUCUUCAUGGCCGACCUCAUCUUCCUGGUCGGCAUUUCACAAACUAAACCUGAGGGUGGCUGCAGGCUGGUGGCAGGGCUGCUUCACUUCUUCUUUUUGGGCAUGUUCACCUGGAUGCUGUUAGAGGGGGUGCAGCUGUACCGGAUGGUGGUCCUGGUGUUCAACGCCACCAUCCGGCCCCUCUACCUUUAUGUGACCGGCUAUGGGAUACCUCUGAUCGUCGUCAUUCUGUCGGCCAGCAUCAGACCGAAGGGAUACGGCACCGAGCUGUACUGCUGGCUGUCAUUGCAAGACGGCCUCAUCUGGAGCUUCUUUGGACCGGUGUGCAUCAUCAUCCUCCUCAAUGUCGUCUUCUUCAUCGUCACUGUCUGGAAGCUCGCCCAGAAGUUCACCAGCCUAAACCCGGAUCUCUCCAAGCUGCACAAAAUCAGAGCUUUCACAGUGACAGCAGUGGCCCAGAUGUGCAUCCUGGGUCUGAUGUGGGUUUUCGGGGCCUUCUUGUUUCAGAAGGACGCCAUAGUGGUUCCAUAUAUUUUCACCAUCCUCAACAGCCUGCAGGGGGCGCUGGUUUUCAUCAUGCACUGCCUGCUGUCCAAACAGGUGAGAGACGAGUACGCCCAUUUCCUCUCGUGCAUCUGCACACCAGAGAAGAAGAGAUACUCAGACUUCAGCAGCACCAACCCCUCCAGCUCUCAGUCACGAGGCUCUCGGAGUGGACAGCUCACCGGAGAAUCCCAAAUAUGAAAAGCUUCAGCAUUUCCUGUCCCCCAGAGACAAACUUUCUCACCUUUUAGCUAACUGUAGCUUUGUUGGUCCAGCUUUCAAAGGUCUGAAUCUUUUUUUUUUUUAUCUGACUGCAUCCCAAAGAUCACGGGGACUGUUAUAAUUAGAUUUGCACAUGACAAAGAGAAUGAGAGCAGGUCUCAGAAAUUGCCUGCUCAUUGCUUCUGUACGUUUGUGGGAGAGGAUGUGUCUGCCAGCAGUCGGCCUCACUGUAGCAUUUUAAGACAAUUUUAGGCUCUUCAAAGAAUAUGAAGUUGUUUACCACUGCACUAAGUGAUUGCAAAUGAAUUCUUUGAGAGUUUUUUUUAGAUAACUUUCAAAUUGGAAAAGAAGUAAAAAUGCAUUUCUCUCACACACGCAGCUAUUCUACUCUUUCAGAUCUUUUAAACAAAAGACAUUCACUGUUUUGAGCCUGUAAAGUUAGUUGAGAUGAAAUAUCGCUUUUUGGUACUUGGAAGGCUGCAAGUUUAAACUUUUGUUCCAUUGUGUAUGUGAUGUAUUUAAUGCUUCGCUCCAGCAGUGGGAUCUCGGGCCUUUUAUAGUCUAAUAAAGUGACUGGGACCAAAUUUUUCUGCAGCUCUAAAAGGACCCCCAUAAAAAAAAAUUCUAAUAAACCCAUUGCAUUAUUAGUCAUAAAGUCAAUGACAUUUACCUCAUUAUUUCUUUGUUUCACCACAUCAUGUCCAUUAGAUUAAGUUGCAUAACCAUCGAUGGACUUUUACAGCAGGUAGGAAGAAGCCCACUGUUAAAAACGCUGAUUCAGGAGCUCGAUAAGUGAAGGUGAUCAGUCCGAGAAGCUCAUCAGGUCGUCCAGAACAUAUCACAAUUCCAUAAGCUGUACUCCCACAAGACUGAUAUCAAUGUAUUUAUUCAUGUCGGCUGCAAAAACAUGAGCACGGGGAAACUGCUUGCACUGUAUUUUAUGUCAGAGUUUAAUGAAGAAAUAAAUCUUCUAUGAAAGUUUUUUUGUUCUGUAUUUAACAGUAUGCCCUGGAGGGGAAACAAGAAACAAACUGACUGAAGAUUGAAAUUAUCCAUGAAGUGCCUCUGAGUUUCCUUUUGUGUCCGUGUCGGCUCCUUCAAGGCUUUUACGUUUUAUUCCGAACAAAAUAAGUGAUUUCUUUUUUCAAAAUCACUUGUGGCUGUGAGACUUUACCUUGGUGUACUGUUUAGCUCUGCCUUUGUUUUUACUGGUGUAUGUGAAAGUUUCUUUUUUUUUAAACUCUUAAAACAAUAAGCCAAAAGAAAAAAAAAAAAUCAGGUUCAUAAUGACCUUCUGGGCAGUUCAGUAAAGCAGACCCACCCAUCUGAUGAGUCGGCAGCUUCCUGCAAUCAGGCAGUGUUUAUGGGGGAGAUUUUCACUGUGUUAAUUGUUUCUGGUAAAACCGUUAGCCUGAGCUUCCACAUCUCUGUCGAUCUGAAGCCACCUCACCGAUGAAAACGGGGAUCUGUUUCUCCUUUUGUGUCGUGAACAGUCAGAUUGCUCGGUGGUCUUGAUGUGACUGGGAACAAACUUUUCACUUCCUGCAGGGAUUCGAACCAGCAUCCAUCUGACAAUAAGCUCCCUUUGCGAACUCAAACUCCCCCUGAAAUGAGAAUUUCCUCAGUAAUGGGAUCGGUGCAGACAUAAAUUUAUUUUUUUUUAUUGCACUUUUCUGUAGUAAAAAGGAUGAUCUUCUUUCACACAGUGCUUGUAAUCUGGAUGAAAACCUGGGAACGAGUCUCACCUACAGAACCACAACAGUUUGAC